UCCGGCAGGGGGCCCGGCGGCGGGCGGCGGUCCGGCAAGCGGCGGGGCCCGGGGCUGGGGGGGGGCGCCCAAGAUGGCGGCGGGCGGCGCGGAGGGCGGCUCGGGCCCCGGCGCCGCCAUGGGGGAUUGUGCGGAGAUCAAGUCGCAGUUCCGCACCCGCGAGGGCUUCUACAAGCUGCUCCCCGGCGACGGCACCGCUCGCAGGUCGGGUCCGGCUUCCGCCCAGACCCCGGCGCCGCCCCAGCCGCCGCAGCCCCCGCCCGGCCCUGCCUCUGCCUCCGGCCCCGGUGCUGCGGGCCCCGCGCCGUCCCCUCCGCCCGCAGGCCCAGGGCCGGGGCCCGCGCUGCCUGCGGUUCGCCUCAGCCUCGUGCGCCUCGGGGAGCCCGACGGCGCCGGGGCCGGGGAGCCGCCCGCCACGCCCGCCGGGCUGGGCGCUGGGGGAGACCGUGUCUGCUUCAACUUGGGCCGCGAGCUCUAUUUCUACCCGGGCUGCUGUCGCCGCGGGAGCCAACGGUCCAUCGACCUCAACAAGCCAAUUGACAAGCGGAUCUAUAAGGGCACCCAGCCCACCUGCCACGACUUCAACCAGUUCACUGCUGCCACAGAGACCAUCUCCCUGCUGGUGGGAUUCUCAGCCGGUCAAGUGCAGUACCUGGAUCUCAUCAAGAAGGACACCAGCAAACUAUUCAAUGAGGAGCGGCUCAUCGACAAGACCAAGGUGACAUAUCUGAAGUGGCUGCCUGAGUCAGAGAGCCUGUUCCUGGCGUCACAUGCCAGCGGCCACCUGUACCUGUACAACGUCAGCCACCCGUGCGCCUCCAGCCCGCCGCAGUACAGCCUGCUGAAGCAGGGCGAGGGCUUCGCCGUCUAUGCCGCCAAGAGCAAGGCGCCCCGCAACCCGCUGGCCAAGUGGGCGGUGGGCGAGGGGCCCCUCAACGAGUUCGCCUUCUCGCCUGACGGCCGGCACCUGGCCUGCGUCAGCCAGGACGGCUGCCUGCGCGUCUUCCACUUCGACUCCAUGCUGCUGCGGGGCCUCAUGAAGAGCUACUUUGGGGGCCUGCUCUGUGUGUGCUGGAGCCCCGACGGGCGCUACGUCGUGACGGGCGGCGAAGAUGACCUGGUCACCGUGUGGUCCUUCACCGAGGGCCGCGUGGUGGCCCGAGGCCACGGCCACAAGUCCUGGGUCAACGCCGUGGCCUUCGACCCGUACACCACGAGGGCGGAGGAGGCGGCGGCUGCCGGGGGCGACGGGGAGCGGAGUGGCGAGGAGGAGGAGGAGCCGGAGGCCUCGGGCACAGGCGCGGGUGGAGGAGCCCCCCUCUCCCCGCUGCCUAAGGCCGGCUCCAUCACCUACCGCUUCGGCUCAGCCGGCCAGGACACGCAGUUCUGCCUGUGGGACCUCACCGAAGACGUGCUCUACCCGCACCCACCCCUGGCCCGCACCCGCACCCUCCCCGGCACACCUGGCACCACCCCGCCUGCCCCUGGCAGCUCGCGGGGCGGUGAGCCGGGCCCCGGGCCCCUGCCCCGCUCGCUGUCCCGCUCCAACAGCCUCCCCCACCCAGCGGGCAGCGGCAAGGCAGGCGGCCCGGGCGCGGCGGCGGAGCCGGGCACGCCCUUCAGCAUCGGCCGCUUUGCCACGCUCACGCUGCAGGAGCGGCGGGACCGGGGGGCCGAGAAGGAGCACAAGCGCUACCACAGUCUGGGCAACAUCAGCCGGGGGGGCGGUGCGGGCGGGGGCGGCGGGGACAAGCCCAGCGGCCCCGCCCCCCGAAGCCGGCUGGACCCCGCCAAGGUGCUGGGCACCGCGCUGUGCCCGCGCAUCCACGAGGUGCCGCUGCUCGAGCCGCUGGUGUGCAAGAAGAUUGCCCAGGAGCGGCUCACGGUCCUCCUCUUCCUGGAGGACUGCAUCAUCACCGCCUGCCAGGAGGGCCUCAUCUGCACCUGGGCCCGGCCGGGCAAGGCGUUCACAGACGAGGAGACCGAGGCCCAGACAGGGGAAGGAAGUUGGCCCAGGUCACCCAGCAAGUCAGUGGUAGAGCGUCUGUGUUCCCUUCCGCGGAGGUGUGGAGGAAGUGUGUGUGUGCUUUCGAUGCAGUCCUAGCAUCCAUCCGCUUUAUCCAGAGGAAGAGCUAGGCCCUGCCUCCCCCGACCCCCUUUUGGUGGCAGGAAAAACUGAAAACCCGAGGAAGGACGUGCAUGGGGGGCACAGCUGGUGGACCUGCCGCCGGCCCGCCCCAGGCAGGGGCCCUUCGGACAGAGGAGGGCGCCCCUCGCCCCACCCCAAACUCUCGGAGGGAAGAGAGCCACCAGGACCCCCUCUUCAGAAUCUUCAGUGGGAGUCUUAAAAGUUGUUUCAAAGUGUCCAGAUAUUACAGGGGCCCCUCAGGCACCCUCUGGAGGGGCCCGGAGUGAGCUGUCACAAGCACAAGGCUUGGCCUUCUGCUGCCUCAGUCAGGCCUGGCUGCGCGGGGCCCAGGCACCCAGGGCCAACUGCAGACCAUGGUUUCCUCUGGGAGAACUGUGCACCCUGGAAAGAACAGCGACAAUCCCUCGUGGCUGGCUCUCCGGAGCCACAGGGAGUGGUGUCUUCCCGCUCCACCCUCCACCCCCCGAAAUGUUUCUGUUUCUAAUCCUAGCCUGGGCAGGAAUGUGGCUGUGCGGCCAGGGUCCAAGGAGCUAUUUUGGGGGCUCCUUUGCCUCCCCCAGCCUUUGGCCAGUGGGUCACCCCUGGUCCUGGCUCCUGAGGGCCUCCCUUCCCGAUUCUCUCACCACCCCUUCCCCACCUCCUGCCAAAAAAAAGUCAGUGUAAAGCAGAGGGCCUGAGGGCUAAAUUUAAACCAUCCCAAAGUCUGAAUCCUUGGCUGAGUCACCCGCAAAGCUGCCCUGGCCUCCCGCCCCCCUUCCCAGGCCUCACCCCUUUUUCUCCCCUCCCAACUGCAGAGCUUGGGAGGGGUGUUACCCGAUCACUCUGGACCUCAAUUGGUCCCCUCUGGGGAAUGGGAGGGCUCGUCUUUGGCAUCUGUCACACCGGUAGCGUCCCUCUGUGCUCUGCCUUUUUUGUGGGGGGGGGGGGUGUUGAGGGUUGAGAUUCUCCACCACCCCUCAUCUCACACUGAAGUGUUCUCAGGGGCCCGGGAAGGAGGGA